UGCUGGAGCGGUUGCGUGGGUCCCACAAGGACGUCCCUGGACAUGGAGGGCAGGGCAUGGGGGCCCUCGGAGCCGCAGUGGGUGAUUCUCUCCCUUUGUGUGUGCGUGUGCCGGGGUUGUGUGUCUUUGAAGCCUGGGGCCACGGUGUUCUCAGCUCAGUCCUGUGGUCUGUGAGGCUCUUGUUUCUUGGUCAGGUUCUUUUUUCCUUCAUUAAUUUAUCUAAAAUUCAGCCUUCCUGCUUGUUAGGCUUCUUAGACCCGUCAGCAAGUGAAGGGAGGAGCACGCCUGGCAUGUGGCCAGCCUAGUGAUGCUGCUUCGUGUGCAUGGUGCGGAGUCUGGGCCCAGCUGCGCUGGCGGCCUGCAUGCCUUGGCCCCGUGCCCACGGCCAUAGAGGCUGAGACCAGGGCAGGGGCUUUCGUCCUGAUGAGGGCUGGGGCAGGGCCUUGUUUAUUGUUUUCAAUCACGGCAAAACCCCACAACAUUUACCACCUUAACCGUUUCCGAGUGUACAGUUCCUUAGUGCUAAGUACAUUCACAUUGUUGUUUAAUGGAUCUCUAGAACUUUGUUAUCUCACAAAAUGGAAACUCUACCCUUUUAGACGCUGACUCCGUCCCUCCACGGUCCCUCCACGUGGGUGAUGUUGGAGCUGGGGCGCUUCCUGAGCGUGGGCGGCUCACGCUGAGUGCUUGCUCGCAACCUCGUCCGCGGCGGCCUCUCCACUCUCGGGUUUGAAUGGCUGUGCUGCCCUCGGCCAGAGCUGGCACAGAACCCAGGAGCAGCCAGGUGGCCUGGGGCUCAGCGGAGCUGUCAGGGCGGGAGAGCGACUGGGCCAUCCCCUUCUCUUGAAGCAGUGGCAUUUUCAGGCUUGCGCUUGGCUCCUCCGAUUCUGUCCAGGAGCUUCCUGGGGCCUGGGUGUCUGUGGUGGGGCUGGAGUUUCCUUGCGUGUGUGCACGUGUGUGCACGUGUGUGCAUGUGUGUGCAUGCCUGUGGCAUGGGGUAGGUUUUCUGUUGAUGGCUCUAGCAAGUGCUUCCUGAAGAUUCUGACAGUUGUGACUGACUCUGUAAAAGCACCUUGCUCUUUGCCCCAAACACACAGAAAUACAAUGUGUGACCAUGAUGUUUUGUACUCCACAAAGCUCAGCUUUGUCUAGUGCCCGUGAAGGGGGCUUUGGCCCAGGGAGGGACAGGUGUGAAAAGGUGCCACCGUCUUGCUUGUUGGAACUGGGUUACUGGCUGAGCUGUGUCUUCCCUGGGAGGCUUGGAAGCUGGAACAACACAGGGCUUUCCCCUCCUUGCCACCCCUGUGGAGUCCGCAGGACUCCGCCUGCGCUUUACUAGGACAGAUCGCAUCGUGUGCCAUGUCCCUGGGACAGACCUCAGAGCAGAGCCCCCAUACAGAGCUGGGUCGCCUGGUGGGACUGGCGUUUCCCCACGCGGAUGGAGCUCCUCUAUGCAGCCGGAAAACCUUCAGAAGAACUGGCUUCGGGAAUUUUACCAGGAGAGCGGGGUCCAUCAGUGCCUCACCCCUCAUCCUGCUCAAGUGACGUGUGGCUCCCCGGCUGCGUCGCGUGUGUCCCGCCCAGGGUUUCCUGCCGGGUGAGGCGGUUCGUGUCCUGGCCUGCGGCUGUCGGGACUCCCGUCGUGCACACACACAAGCCGCACUUCAUGGCCUUGCACUGUCAGGAGUUUGGAGGGAAGAACUACGAGGCCUCCAUGUCCCACGUGGACAAGUUCGUCAAAGAACUAUUGUCGAGUGAUGCGAUGAAAGAGUAUAACAGGGCUCGAGUCUACCUGGACGAAAACUACAAAUCCCAGGAGCACUUCACGGCACUAGGAAGCUUUUAUUUUCUUCAUGAAUCCUUAAAAAACAUCUACCAAUUUGACUUUAAAGCUAAGAAGUAUAGAAAGGUCGCGGGCAAAGAGAUCUACUCGGAUACGUUGGAGAGCACACCCAUGCUGGAGAAGGAGAAGUUUCCACAGGACUACUUCCCCGAGUGCAAAUGGUCAAGAAAAGGCUUCAUCCGGACAAGGUGGUGCAUUGCAGACUGUGCCUUUGACUUGGUGAAUAUCCAUCUUUUCCAUGAUGCUUCCAAUCUGGUCGCCUGGGAAACAAGCCCUUCUGUGUACUCGGGAAUCCGGCAUAAGGCACUGGGCUACGUCCUGGACAGAAUCAUCGAUCAGCGAUUCGAGAAGGUUUCCUACUUUGUGUUUGGCGAUUUCAACUUCCGGCUGGAUUCCAAGUCCGUCGUGGAGACGCUCUGCACAAAAGCCACUAUGCAGACGGUCCGGGCCGCUGACACCAAUGAAGUGGUGAAGCUCAUAUUUCGUGAGUCAGACAACGACCGGAAGGUUAUGCUCCAGUUAGAAAAGAAACUCUUCGACUACUUCAACCAGGAGGUUUUCCGAGACAACAACGGCACCGCGCUCUUGGAGUUUGACAAGGAGUUGUCUGUCUUUAAGGACAGACUGUAUGAACUGGACAUCUCGUUCCCUCCCAGCUACCCGUACAGUGAGGAUGCCCGCCAGGGUGAGCAGUACAUGAAUACCCGGUGCCCGGCCUGGUGUGACCGCAUCCUCAUGUCCCCGUCUGCCAAGGAGCUGGUGCUGAGGUCGGAGAGCGAGGAGAAGGUUGUCACCUAUGACCACAUUGGGCCCAACGUCUGCAUGGGAGACCACAAGCCCGUGUUCCUGGCCUUCCGAAUCAUGCCCGGGGCAGGUAAACCUCAUGCCCGUGUGCACAAGUGUUGUGUCGUGCAGUGACGUGGUGGGAAGAGAUGCCAGCGCCACGAGAGGACCCUUCGUGAGCCCUCCCUGUAGCCGUGUACUGAAUACGCACCUUCAAAGCUGCAUCGAGAACCCACCCAAGCGCCACCUGCUAGACGGCCAGCCCCACACUUCGCUUCAGCCUCCGGACCAUUCCGGAACAGCCUCACAUACCUCACUGUCUCGUCUGUUCAUGUGACAUUAAGUAGAAAUAUUGGUUUUUUAAAAAUAAGUCACAGUCCUGUUGUCAAAACUCUAAUAGACAGCAAAGAGGGUCUGUACCGUAGACUUCACAGUUUUCAGUUUUUAAUGAUUGUCAGUGGAGGGGCUUCUCCAGCACAGAGACCCCAUCCCUCCCCAUGUCCAGAGACCCCCCUCUGCCAGGUGGAGGUAUGUCCAGGGGCUGGGGAAGCCGAGAUGGGCGCUCCCUCUGCCGGCCGGCAGCGUGGCCCCCAGCAUGGCGAAGGGGUCUGUCUCUGCCGAUGCCCCUUCUGCGGCACUCUGCGCCGUGUCACAUGGUUUUUGAAUCACACUGCAGCUGCUUUCCAUUUUUAUAUAUAUAUAAAUAUAUAUAAAUAUAUACUUUUUAAAAAUAAUUUAUAAAUCUUACCAAAACUUAUGCUAAAUGUACUUUCCAGUAUGAAUGCACAAGAGAGUCCCAUCAGCAGGCAGCAUCGGAGUCUAGGAGCUCAGCUGUGUGUCCAUCAACACACACAUUCGUAAAAAACACAUGGCCUCGCCAUCGUGGGUGAAAUCGGCCCCACAGCACGUCUGCACUGGCGGGCGUUACUCCCGUGCCAUUCUUCUGUGUAAUAUUAAGAACUGAAUGUGAAGUUUAUAGCUAGCCUGGGUGUACCUUUUAAGAAUUUUGUAAACUGUUUGUCUGUCUUUUGUUACUGUUUUAUGGUGCCAAGUAUUCUACAUUACAACAAUAAUAUCAUGGGAGAAAUAGAAAUAGCCUAGUUUGCUUCCAAUAGAAAUUGCUUUUAACAUGGGCUGUAUAUAAAAAUAUUAAAGAGAAAACUGUACAUUUCCUCAUUGCUCCGCUACAAACAACCCAUGUAAUAACCUUGUCGCAAAUAUUUUUCUCCUAGCACUAAGUACAGCAUUAAAAGGUGAUUAGAGAGUCUGUUGAUGAAACACAAAUAUACGUUUUAUUGAUUUUACUUUAGAACACUACAGAGUUCCUGGACCGGGUGAAGGCAUUAGGUGGGUGUUUGUUUUUGGAUAAAUCACUACCAUUGCAAGUGACUGCUGUCCGCUGCCGAAUCCGCUCUUGGUGGAAGGACCGGUCCGUGUCCCUGCUGUGGUUGCCACUGUCCGCAGUUCAACACGGGUUCGCCCCACGGGUUUCAGCUGUUGGGCGUUCUGAGGGCCUUUAGAAGUGACUGGCCUGGUUCCUAAGCAAUAAAAUUGACCAUGGUGAAAAUA